GUAUAAAUGUAAGAUACUCAGGCAGGCAGGGUAUCAGUUCAUCUACAGUACUCUGAGUGACCUGACAAGCCACCACCACCACCAUGGGCAAGAUCAUCUUCUACGAGGACAGAAACUUCCAGGGUCGCCACUAUGAAUGCAUGAGCGACUGUGCUGACAUGUCCUCCUACCUGAGCAGGUGUCACUCCUGCAGGGUGGAGAGCGGCUGCUUCAUGGUCUACGACCGCCCCAACUACAUGGGAAACCAGUACUUCAUGAGGAGGGGAGAGUAUGCUGACUACAUGAGCAUGAUGGGCUGGAGUGGUGGAAUCAGGUCUUGCCGUAUGAUCCCUUCGUACAGGGGAUCCUACAGGAUGAGGAUCUAUGAGAGGGAGAACUUUGGUGGCCAGAUGUAUGAGAUGAUGGAUGACUGUGACUCCAUCAUGGACCGCUACCGCAUGUCUGACUGCAUGUCCUGCCAUGUGAUGGAUGGCCACUGGCUGAUGUACGAGCAGCCCCACUACAGAGGCAGGAUGAUGUACAUGAGGCCUGGAGAGUACAGGAGCUUCAGGGAGAUGGGAUAUGGAGGAACCAGGAUGAUGUACCUGAGACCUGGAGAGUACAGGAGCUUCAGGGAGAUGGGAUAUGGAGGCAUGAGGUUCAUGAGCAUGAGGAGGAUCAUGGACUCCUGGUAUUAAAUGUCUUUUCUUGAAUACCACUGAAUUAAAACAUUUCCAAACUACUGG